GUCCCGCCCGUGGGGGCGGAGAGGGAGCCUGGGCACCGGGCAGCUCGGCUCGGCUGGUUCCGGGUUGAGAGGCUGCGCUGGACCGAAGCUGUGGCCGCUGAGCUGGUUCGGAAUUCCCCAUCCCCAGCUCGCCCCGCUCUCAGAGCUGCCCGGGUCCCAGGAUUCCAGCCCCACCGUGGCCUCCGUCCCCCUUCGGGAUCUCCUCCUCGCAGCACCUAUCCCUUGGGACUGUCUGGUCCUCUAGACCCUCCUCCCCUGGAGCCCCUUCCUUGGGACGCCCUCGGCCUCUCUCCUCCAGCGCCCAUCGCUGGUGGCCACCUAGUACCUCGAAAAGGGAACUGAAGGAGCAGCUUCAAGCCCUUCAGGACAGCGAGCGUGAGCACACAGAGGCGCUGCAGCUACUUAAGCGACAGCUGGCAGAGACUAAGUCCUCUACCAAGAGCCUGCGGACCACCAUCGGGGAGGCCUUUGAGCGGUUGCACAGGCUACUGCGUGAGCGCCAGAAAGCCAUGCUGGAGGAGCUGGAGGCUGACACCGCCCGCACGCUGACUGACAUUGAGCAGAAGGUCCAGCGCUACAGCCAGCAGCUGCGCAAGGUGCAAGAGGGUGCCCAGAUCCUGCAAGAGCGGCUGGCUGAGACUGACCGGCACACCUUCCUUGCUGGAGUGGCCUCCCUGUCUGAGAGGCUCAAGGGGAAGAUCCAUGAGACCAACCUGACAUAUGAAGACUUCCCAACCUCCAAGUACACGGGCCCCCUGCAGUACACCAUCUGGAAGUCUCUUUUCCAAGACAUCCACCCAGUGCCAGCUGCCCUGACCCUGGACCCAGGCACUGCCCACCAGCGCCUGAUCCUGUCGGAUGACUGCACCAUCGUGGCCUACGGGAACCUGCACCCACAACCGCUCCAGGACUCACCCAAACGCUUUGAUGUGGAGGUGUCGGUGCUGGGCUCCGAAGCCUUCAGUAGCGGUGUCCACUACUGGGAGGUGGUGGUGGCAGAGAAGACCCAGUGGGUGAUUGGGUUGGCCCACGAGGCUGCCAGCCGCAAGGGCAGCAUCCAGAUCCAGCCUAGUCGUGGCUUCUACUGCAUUGUUAUGCAUGAUGGCAACCAGUACAGCGCAUGCACAGAGCCCUGGACACGGCUCAAUGUCCGUGACAAGCUUGACAAGGUGGGUGUCUUCCUGGACUAUGACCAGGGCCUCCUCAUCUUUUACAAUGCCGACGACAUGUCCUGGCUCUACACCUUCCGAGAGAAGUUCCCUGGCAAGCUCUGCUCCUACUUCAGCCCUGGCCAAAGCCAUGCCAAUGGCAAGAAUGUCCAACCACUGAGGAUCAACACUGUCCGCAUCUAGUCCGGGCUGAGGGAGACCAAAGCCUCCUAGGGCUGUGACCACCAGCAAGAGCCUGGCCCAGCAGAUGGGGGCCUGGACUACUCGGGCCCACCGUGGCCACCCUGAGACCUCAGGCCAGUGGUUUAUUCCCCGGCUUCCUCUGCCCUGCCUGUGAUCUGGAGACUGUGCUCCAUGGUUGAUGUCCUGUAGCCCUGAUCUUGAUGGGAUGUGGCAUAGCUUCUCCCCAGGGCAGUGCUUGCCCAACCCCUCAUCCCUAUUCUCCCUGGGACAAGAAAUCUCUCUCCUUCUGCCCAGGUGGCCUAGCCUCAAGACAGAGCAGAUGUGAUCAAUAGCUAGCAGCCCAAAAGAUAUACAGAAUUGUCUUAUGCUCAUGGCCUAAGAUUGACUCGCCCCUGACCAAGAGAGUAAUGGGCUGUUUUACUCUUGACCCAAGUCCACAGGAGACCCAGGUGGAAGCUGGUCCUAAGGUUGUCUGAGGGUCACCCUCUCCUGCCACCCCUGCACCAACCUGAGAACUGUGAGUUUCUUCCUCUCCCACUAAUCUGCAAGUCAGAGGUGAUGCUGUGGCCUGUGACAGGCAGUCCACAUGGUACAGUCACGCCACUGUCUUCCAGUCCAUGGUCUCUGUGGCAGGGUGAGGUAUAAGGGCCCCAGAACUAAUGCAGAGCACUGUCAAGACAAAGCAUCAAUGGACAAUCCAAGUCCCCAGAAGCUCUAGGGAGAGAGGUCCAGCCAGCUCUCAUCAGCCAGGCCUCUGUGACCUGCUGUGGGCACAGAGAGGGUGCUGGUAGCAGUUCUUGUCAUCAGGUCCUGACCCGCACGCAGGAGGGCUGUGGUGGGUACCACCUUGGACUUAGCAUCUGCCUCCCAUCAGGCUUCAUCAGACAAGAAUUUACAAUCUUCUCCCGGGUGGCUUGUAAGAUCACUGGAAGGGUUAGAGGAGGAGAGCCUUGCUGAGUUUCCAGGAACAACUCCAAGCAGCUACAGUGAUCAUGUCUUAUGACCAGGAAAGCUAUUUCCACUUGCCUCAGGAGCUGCUCACUGCCGCCAUCCAUGCCAGCAAGUGAUUGUCCAAGCCUGCCACUCUCUCUCUCUCUCAACUCAGGUCCCAAAUCUGCAUCUUUCAGAUAGCUUCUUGUUGUGGAAACUUGAGUCAGAAUCCAGACUUUUGACAGCAAAGAAGUCUGGGAAAUGUAGUUUUUCUCUUCCAGCCUCAGCCACACAGAAAGUUAGCAUGGAGGUGGAGCAGGCCCAUCCACAAUUUCCUUGCCACAGCAUCCGACUGUGAAGAACUCAGGAGAAAUCCAUGGAUCCACCUCAAGGCCUUGACUUUGAAGCAGAGCUGCUAAAGAUGUCCUGUUCCAUGGCUCUGUCCCUGCCUGUCCCUGCCCAGAGGCAACGCUCUCAGGAGUAGAUAGUUAAGAAGAAGUACAACCAAAAUGGCUCCCCAGCCUCACUGUAGUCCUGUAUUUGGCUCCAAUCCUGUAUUUGGGAUUCGGUGAGCAUGCCCAUCUCCAAGGAGCCAGAAUGGAUGGGCCUGAGGGGCUCCCACUUACUACUGCAGUGCACUAGGGCCUCCCUGAGCAAGAGGAAUCCUGAGCCCUAUUCGUGCCCUCAACUCCCAGACUCCGGGCUACUCCUGACAGUAUUUUUAUUUAAAACAUUGCCCUUUUGUGCAUUAUGAUCCAUUUGUAUUAAAUUAAAGUUACAGGACACA